AUGCUGGGUUUCCUCUGGCCUGACCGGCCAAUAUUGCCCCCCGUGUUGCUCAUGCUCUCCUCUGCAGCUUCUUUCGGCUCGAACUUUGGAGACCUCGUAAACACACUGCUGGAGAUGUCGUGCUCCCAGCGGCUGGGCUCCAGGCUCCCUGCUUUUGCAGAGCCCCUGGCGGGUUCUCAGUCCCUGGCGGAUUUCCUCGAGGCGCCGCCACCAGAGGAGGUCGACCUGCUGCUCAAGGCUGGCAAGGGCGCGGUGCGCUCUGCGGUGGAGAACCCGCCCACGCUUGCUGGCGGUGGUCCCCUGCCAGUGUUCCACACGACAUGGCGGCAGCUUGCGGCUGUCGGCGAUUCCGACGACUUGCUGAACACCGGAGAGGUGGUGCUCCUGCACGUAUACGACUUGAACAACAGGUUCCGCCGCGCCAACAAGGUUACCUCACGCGGCCGCGUGGCGGUGGGGGGCGCCUUCCACGCCGGCGUCGAGUACCAGAUUGGGUCAGCAGGCUUCCUCGGCUGCUCCACGCAGGCCAGCGCGCGGGCAGCGCGGCACUGGCGGCAGGACAUGCUACCCACCGAGUUGUUCGCCGGGAGGCCGUCGUCGUGUCCAGGGCCGUGGCUGACGGCGCCAGGCGCGCUGCCCAGCGUGCGCGACUUGCCAUUACAACCCGCGAGGGGGAUGUCGCACAGUCGGCUUCGCAAGUUGCGCUCCGCGUCGUACGUGCUCUGGGAGCUGAGGUACUUCCUGCGGUCGUUGCGCAGCGGAGCGCCGCUCGUGGGGCCGCGAUCGAGACCAGCGCCACGACAGGCGUCGGUUCCAGAGGCCGAGGUCGACCGCCUGCUCGUUUACGGCGGCGCCUCCGGCUGGGAGCCGAGCGGCAGUGGCGAUGGCGUGGAGCAGGCGAUGAUGUUGCUGCAGGCCGCGGACGCCGUUGAGGAUCGCGACGCUCUGAUGCGAAACGUCUGGGCCGACGUGGAGUACGCCCAGGGCGAGGUCGGCAAUGCAGAGCUGGUCUCGCGGCUGGAGAUGCAGCUGGCGGGCCAGCUGGUGAGGACCGCGGAGGGGCGCUUGAAGGCUCGCAGGGACCUUGGUGCCAAGGAUGGCCUCUUCGGCUCCAACCCAGCGCCGCCAGAGCCGCGGCCCCCAGCGCGACCUGCGAAGGCACCGCCGCCUGGGGCGCCGCCGCCGGGCCAAGAUGGCUUCUUCCAGGUCGUGCUGCGCGAGAGCGAUGAGGUUGCCGGACUUGCGCGCGAGUUGCCCGCCGAGGAGCUGACUGCCACGUUGGCCACGCCGCGCAACUUGGGCGCGGCGUUGGACCUGGUGGGCGCUUACUUGAAGAACUAUGAGAUCGACAAGGCCGACCUCGUGCUCGAGCGCGUCGUGCCGCUAUGCCGCGAGAAGGGUGGCACGUGGUUGGUCAAGGCGCUGGACAAGCUGUGCGCAGUGCGCAUGAAGCAGUUCCGCGCUCAGGAGACCUUGGUGGCGUUGAAGGAGAUAGAGCAGUUAUGUCCAUUUGCGCCAGAGGAGGGAUGGGAGUUCCACGACAUCCUGUAUCGGAAUUUCGCCUGGUGCUAUUCCGCGCUGGAUGAGGAUGAGAGCGGCCACUUGACACCAGCUCGGAUGGACAGGGCGGCAGCCGCCAUCGCCCACACUCCAACAGCGCCGCCACCUGGGAAGCAGUACAGGGCCACUGUCGACGCCAUAUGCGAUUGGGUCGAGAAGACCAUCACACGGGCGCGAGGGCGGUCAGCUCUCUUCUUCGGCUUCGACCUGAAUGACGGGUUCGGCCUUCGUCAGCGAGGCCCGCAGAUCUUCGAGCAGGUGGACCCCGCGGCGCUGGGACCAUACGGGCGCCAGCUGCAGCACUACGCGGCCGACAGGAAGCCAGAGCCGCUCGGACGCUUCACGCUCGGGGUGGUCACCAGCGACUUCGACGUGGGGCCGACCUUCCACGGAGUGCGUAGCGCCACCUUUAUCGACCACAUCGCGGUCUUCGCGUGGCAGGACCACGUCCCGUUCCUGCUGCAGGUCAUCCGCACGCUGCAGAUGCACUUCGCUGGCCGCCCCCCGGUCCGAAGCGAGUCCAACGACUUCGGGCGGGGCGACUUCGCUUGCUGGCCGCUCGUCGAGACGUUCGAGAGGGCGUCGCGCCAGCUGCGCGCGCAUCGUCGAGUUCGUCUCAGCAGCGAGGUGCAGCUCCUCGUUGGCGGCAUGCGAAAUGCGUGGAAGAAGCGGCAGUUCGCCGAGGUCUGGCGCCUCAGCCACCAGCUCGCGGCCCAAUGUAAGGGGCCACGCCGACGACGCUACAGCGCCGGCGACAGUUUCCUCCCGCGGCGCGCCGAGAUCGCGCGGCACUUCGCACGGGCUGGCGCUGAUGGGGGCCUCGACGCGAUCCCGAUCGAGUUCGAGACGUACCGCCAGCACCCUGGCGUCGAUACGCUGGCAGAUGCAGGCGACGACGCCCGCGGAGUCCUGGUGGCGAAGAUGAGGGGGAUGACGAACCUCACCCUCGCCCUCGCCCUCGCCCUCGCCGGCGGCCAGAGCGGCAGCGCCAACCUCUUCUACCUCCAGCUCCUCGCGCAGACAUCGACGCCGCGAUCUGGCCGAGCGACGUGCUCUGCGCCGCGCGGUGCCCACUUCUGGAAGCUGCUGCGCCGCAGGGCACUCGGAUCUACGCGGUCGACACCUAUCGCGCGAGCGCGGUGGCCUCGGCCAGGAACGCGGGUUUCGUCUCGAGGCACUUGCGCUGCGAGCUGCGGCGCUGCGGAGCUGCGGCACUCGCGCUACGAGCCCUGCGGCUACGCGCACAACCCGUCCAAGAGCUCGGCGCUGCCCUGCCCCCUGGGCCGCGGCUCCCAGCGCGAGGCGCGCCGGCUCUUCAGUGGGGCGGAGGCCCUCGCUGGCGUCGCGCAGCACGACAACGUGGCCCUCGGAUUCCAGACCUUCAUCGUGGGCAGCGCGCAGACGGCGGCGCUCAGCGGGCUGAAUGCCCCUGUGCUCAGCGCGUCGCAGUGCCAGCAACUGGGCAAGGUGCUGUCGAGCAUUGGUCGCCGCUUGCUGGCUAGCGCGGCGCGCCAGAAAAUUCCUCUCCUUGGCGGUGAUGACUGGCCGAAGUUCGAUGACAAUUGCAAGCCGCCCGUGAAGUGCAAGGCCAUGACUGACGAGGCUGGCUUGAUGAGGCUUGGUGUAGCCCCUGCACCAACAGAGCUUCGGGUUCGUCGGCUACGUCAGUACCAACGCUGGCUUCGGAGCCCCAGCCAACAUCCGCAGGAGCUCGCCAUGGCGCGCGGAGAGCUGCCGCUGGAACGGACCCCAACGCUUGGCGCCGACGGCCCCGUCGCUGCCGACGCCAACCCGUGCGGGCUGAGUCUCGUCGCCGACGUCGAGGCGUUGCUCGAGGUUGCCGAGGCGAGCGAGCUGCGCAUCGCUCGGCGACGGGUGACCCCAUCUGGCGCAAUUCAGUGGAGACGGUGCGCCACCCUUCUGCCGGGCCCGGCGCAGACCAUCACGAGGGCCAUCCUUCGGAGCGCUGCAGGUGGCCGUGGCUUCCCGUGGCCGCAUGCCACCCGUCCGAACGGUGACUUGCGGGGGCGUUUCGACGCGGCCCUCCGGGCGCGCCCGGGCCGCGCCGCAGCUGUGAAGAAGGUGAAGGGCCACGUUGACUCGUCCGAGGUGCAGAGCUCUUUCGAAGAGCACUGCCGCGCGGGGCACGAUUUUGCCGACCAGUCUGCUCAUCGCGGCCGCCGCUAUCAUGGGCCUCGCCGGGGUGACGCCCGCGCUGCCGUGGAGAGCCGCGCUGCCGCAGUACGCCGGGCGCACACUUCCCCCCUCGGCGCGCAGGGCCGCAUGUUGGACCAGCAGAGCGAGGUCAGCUGCGUCGAGCCCGCGGUGCCGUUCGAACUUGAGACCCGCGCGCGGCUCCCAGUCCUGGUCGACCGCAAGUGGCAUUUGCCUGACUUGGCCCCGUCCGUCAACGUGGUUCACCAGACCCUCAAGCAGAACAGCGUGCUCCUCCAGGCCUCGCUGCGCACCGCCCUGGCGCUUUUCGAGCGCGUGGCGAACGCGCUGCUGCGCGCAGAGGGGCGCGACGCAUUGCCACGCCAUGCGCCCUCGCAUGCGAUGUCCUGCCUCGCUGUGGACGUCCUGAACCAUGCGCCCGCAGGCAAUUCGCUGUCCGCGAUCCUUGAUCUCGGCACCAACCCGCCCACUGACGCGCUCAUACUUGCGGAGCUUCGCGUUGUGAGCGGGCGCGAAGCCGCUGGACGGCACUCCGCUGCGAACAAGGCCGCCGCGCGCCGAGACGGCCGCGGCCUCGUGUUCUCCGACCCACGCUGGCCACGCGCUGCACUUGAAUUCCCGCUGCCUCAGUGGCCGCCCGCCGCCUCGCGCCUGCGGCCAGGGCGCGGGGGCUCAUGCUCGAUGUGA